CUCACAAAAUCACAAUCUUUUUUUCAUGAGUCCUUUAUUUCUUAUGAACUUUGUACACACUUUACAAACACCACACAAGCUACAACAUUUAGUGGAAAGCACGAAGCCAUGGCUUUGGAAGCUAUAAGAUAUCAAAACAAAACUUUAGAAAUAUUGGAUCAACUGCUUUUACCUAGCACAUCACAGUACAUUUCUGUUAAGGACGUUGAUGAUGGUUGGAACGUUAUAAACAAGAUGCAGGUUCGUGGAGCUCCUGCAAUAGCUAUUGUGGGAUGCCUAAGUUUAGCCGUUGAGCUUCACAACACAUCUUUUAAUGCUAAAGAGGAUUUAAUGGAGUUCAUAAGGAACAAAUUGAAUUAUUUAGUCACUGCCAGACCCACAGCGGUUAAUAUUAAAAUGGCUGCAGACGAGUUAAAUUUGUUGGCAUAUCAGUUAAAUAAGUGUCCGUCAGUUACAGCAAAUGAUAUGAAAGUUAGCCCACUAUACAUUACAAGUGUGCAUGUUUGUGACACUGUCCGUUCUGUAUUCUGCAGCUUAGUAAUUAGUAUGUCAUUUACCUGAAACCACUUGCGGUAACAGCCUAUUAAUUACCUACUGAAAAUCAAAAAACACUGAAUUAUUACAAAUUGUUGAAUUACAAAAAAUAUGUCAAAGGUAAAUACCAACCUGUUUAUAUUAUUAAUAUAAUCAAAUCCUACAUUUGAUGCAAUAAAAAAAACUUGGUAGGUAGUUGAAUUUAAAAAAACCAAGUUACCUUGGAGUGAAGUUUUGAAAAUUGACCGUUCGGCAUAUGUUUCAUGACUGGGAACACUGCGGAAUCACUGCGUUCUAAGUUUUAUUAUAACUGCGAUAUUUAAUUUUUACUGGACAUCUAAUUUUUGAAAAAAUGACGAACGGACAAGUUUUACUAUGUUGAUAAUACAAUAUUUAACCU